ACAUAAGUAACAGUUCUACUCUUAACAACGCCAUUUUUACGCUUCUCGUUAUUGUCAACUCUUCACCGCUCUCCCCCCUUCCAUGGCAGCGCAUCACCUGUUGAUCUUUCUUUCACUGAUCUCGCUGCUUCUGCCUUGGGCACUCGGGAUCUCUAAUGGGAACGCCGAGGGGUAUAGCAUCAACGGUAAAGUUAGAUUUCCAGGAUUCAGUGCAACAGGAUUUGGUCUCCCAGCAAAAACUUCAAAUGUCAAGGUCAUACUUAAUGGGGGAGAAAAAGUUACCUUCCUAAGGCCCGAUGGAUAUUUUUCAUUCCAUAAUGUGCCAGCAGGAACUCAUCUUAUUGAAGUGGCUGCUAUUGGCUAUUUCUUCUCUCCAGUCCGGGUUGAUGUCAGCGCCAGAAAUCCUGGUAAGGUCCAGGCAGCUCUGACAGAGAACAGGAGAGCAUUGAGUGAACUUGUCUUGGAGCCUUUGAGAGAGGAACAAUAUUUCGAGAUAAGAGAACCAUUCUCCAUAAUGUCCAUUGUGAAAAGCCCAAUGGGACUGAUGAUUGGAUUCAUGGCAAUUGUGAUGUUUUUGAUGCCCAAACUAGUGGAUGCUGAAGAAUUGAAACGAGCCCAAGAGGAGAUGGGAAACCAAGGUGUUCCCUCUCUUGCAAACUUCUUGGGUGGAGCACAGAGGACGAAUUAGAGAUUAGACUGAAGAUAUAUGAAAGGCAAUUUCUUCAUGGUCAGUGGCGGCAUACGGGAAUAGAUGUGUCAGUUGUAGCUACAUUCUAAUUUUGGCCUUGCAAGCAGUUUUUGUUUCUCUAUAUCAUCCAUCUUUCCCUGUUCUUUAAUUCUGAAAUAAUGAUAAGGAUUUAAUGAGACACUGCAUAUAUUAUUGGUAUAAGCAAUUUGUAAUUGUGGUGUUGAUGUAA